GUCGGCGAUGGUUGAGAGUCCCUGCUUGAGCUUGAAUAAACGACCCUCGUGUGUUUGCAUCGGAAUCGGCUCCUCGGUGGUCUUUGGGGACUUCGCGAUCUGGGCACAACAGCUGAUGUCCUUCUAAGAAGAGGAGACACAAGGGCCACAUGUGCCCAGGACAACCUCGUGAAGAAACAGCAAGUGGUGGCCCUCCUGAAGCCCAGGAAAGAGGCCUGAGAGGAAGGAGACCUCGCUGGUCUCUCGACAUUGGACUGCCAGCUUCCAGGACUGGGGGAGAAUGAAUUUCCGUGUGAGCCACCCAGUCCGUGGCAUUUUGUUAAAGGAACCCUACCAGAGAAAUAUCAGUGUUUUAGUUUGCAUCUGCAGCUUGCUCAUCCUACCUUGUCUACAAUGCAGGUGAAGAUGGGCAAGGCGGCGCUUGCCUGUAAUCCCAGCACUCCGGGAGGCUGAAGCAGGAGGAUGAGAAUUCGAGCCCAGCCUGGGCAAUUUAUCGAGGCCUUGUCUCAAAUUUUUAAAAAAUUAAAUGAGUGGGAGGCUGGAGAUUCAGUUUAGUGCGAAGGACCCGAUACAAAGAAAAAAAAAAAAGACAGCUGGUUCUCCAUUCGGGCUCUUCUAUCGACCGCUCCAGGGAUUGAGCGGUCGGUCAAACUCACACCCUGCUCCGCUCCUGGCGGGGAGCGGAUUCCUCAGAUGCUGCUUCACCUGCCGAGCCCAGUAGCGACCCCUGAGUCUGGGGUCUGCGGUGCACGGAGGCGGAGAAGCGCGCAGCCACGUGGGUUUGGGGGGUUGAUCCGGCCGCGCACAGCUGGCCGGCGGGACCCCGCGGGGAAGGGAAGCUUUCUUCCCAGCCUCCUGCUGGCCGGAAAUCCCCCCGGCGCUCACACUGCCGGUGGCCUGGGGUCCUGCGGCAGGGCGGCGAGGGGGUGUGGGUGAUGUAAUGUGGGGGAGGGGAGGCCGGGCCGCAGCUCCCUCGGUUCGUCGGGUGGGAAGAAAGUAGAAAUGAGCUCUGCGCUAAGAGUCGCGGGAGGAGCUCUGCGAGAGCGUGGUGAGCGCGGAUCCGGGAAGAGAAACUUGCAGGCAGGGUGGAUGGUGGUGGGAGGAGAGUCUGUCUACCGAGCCGGCUUUGAAGCGCUCGGAGGGGGGUCCCUGGAUCCCGGCUGGAGGUGGGGCCCGCCCCGCCCCUUCCCAGGCUGAGCGUCCCAAGAUUGGGCCAUUCGCUCCGUCGCGCCCUGGCGGGUUAACGGGGUGCGUGUCUGCCCCGCCCCUGCUCUCCCGGUAUAUGGAAGAGAGGCCGCCCGCACCGCACCCAGGUCGAGAUAGGACCUCGCCCAGGACCCCGAGCACCUGCCGCAGGGACCCGCGCCCUCACCUGGACCCUGCGCCCGACCCCCGACCCCUGGACCCUUUGCUGUCGCUGCCCUGCGUCUGCCCCCUCCUUCUAACGCGCUCUCUGGGUCCGGGUCCCUUCCUACCCACCCUUCCUACCCUGCUCCGGGUCCUCUGCUCCUCUCUGGGCCCCUCACCUCCGCGAAAGUCCCCAGGGCAGCCGGGGUCAGCCCCUUUGCCCAGGCUGGUGCAGGCCAUGCAGCCGCGGGCGCUCUGGCUCCGGCUCGUGGCGCUGCUCCUGCCGCUCCUGCCGCUCCUGCCGUCUCCCUCGAGUGCCCCGAAGCCCUCCGCGCAGGACGUGAGCCUGGGCGUGGACUGGCUGACCCGUUAUGGCUACCUGCCGCCACCUCAUCCCGCCCAGGCCCAGCUGCAGAGCCCUGAGAAGCUUCGGGAUGCCAUUAAAGUCAUGCAGAGAUUCGCUGGACUGCCUGAAACAGGCCUCAUGGACCCAGUGACAGUCGCUACCAUGCAUAAACCCCGCUGCUCCCUGCCUGAUGUGCUGGGGCUGGCAGGGCUCGUCAGGCGUCGUCGCAGGCGCUAUGCUCUGGGUGGUAGUGUGUGGAAGAAGCGGACUCUGACGUGGAGGGUCCAGUCCUUCCCACAGAGCUCACAGCUGAGCCCACAGACCGUGCAGACCCUUAUGAGCUAUGCCCUGACUGCCUGGGGCAUGGAGUCAGACCUCAGCUUCCAGGAGGUGUUGUCUCCGCACCAGGAGGCUGACAUUCUCAUCGACUUCGCCCGGGCCUACCACCAAGACAGUUACCCCUUUGACGGGCCAGGUGGCACCUUAGCCCAUGCCUUUUUCCCAGGGGAGCACCCCAUCUCUGGGGACACUCACUUUGAUGAUGAGGAGAUCUGGACAUUUGGGUCAAAAGAUGGUGAAGGGACUGAUCUAUUUGCUGUGGCAGUUCACGAGUUUGGCCAUGUCCUGGGCCUGGGUCACUCCUCUGCACCCAACUCCAUUAUGAGGCCCUUCUACCAGGGCCCAGUGAGUGACCCGAACAAGUACCGCCUGUCCCAGGAUGACCGAGAUGGCCUGCAGCAGCUCUAUGGGAAAGCGCCCCAGACCCCAAGUGACAGGCCCACAAGGAAACCCUUGGUUCCUUCUCCCCAGCCCCCAGCCCUGCCCCCUGACAGCCCCUCCAUGCCUGUUCCUGACAGAUGUGAGGGCCAUUUUGAUGCCAUUGCCAACAUCCGAGGCGAAACCUUCUUCUUCAAAGGCCCCUGGUUUUGGCGCCUCCAGCCCUCGGGACAGCUGGUGUCCACCCGUCCUGCCCGGCUGCACCGCUUCUGGGAGGGGCUGCCCAGCUACGUGAAGGUCAUCCAGGCCGCCUACGCCCGCCACCGAGACGGCCGAAUUCUCCUCUUCAGCGGCCCCCAGUUCUGGGUGUUCCAGGACCGGCAAGUGGAGGGCACCGCACAGCCGCUCACCGAGCUGGGGCUGCCCGCGGGGGAGGAGGCGGACGCCGUGUUCUCGUGGCCACUCAACGGGAAGACCUACCUGAUCCGGGGCCAGCAGUACUGGCGCUACGAUGAGGCGGCCGCGCGCCCCGACCCCGGCUACCCACGAGACCUGAGGCUCUGGGAAGGGGCCCCGCCCUCCCCGGACGAUGUCACCGUCAGCAAUGCAGGUGACACCUACUUCUUCAAGGGUGUCCACUACUGGCGCUUUCCCAAGGGCAGCGUCAAGACCGAGCCGGACUCCCCCCAGCCCAUGGGGCCCGAGUGGCUGGACUGUCCUGUUCCCAACUCUGGCCCUCCAAGCCCCAGGCCCCCUAAAAAGACCCCCAAGUCCGGAACCUGCGAUUGUCAGUGCGAGAUCAAUCUGGCUCCGGGGCGGCUCCCCGCGCCCCUCCAGCUGCCCCUCCUGCUCCUGUUGGCGGGAGGGGUCUCCUCCUGCUGAGGGGGGUCAUCCAGAGUUGAGCAGCCCCCUGCAAGGAAGGGGGCCUGAGUCCACCGCGGGACCAGUGUGGGAUUGUGAGCCACUGCCAGCCCCAGUGUAGACUCCCACCUCGGGGCUUCCCCAGCGCGGAGCUGGGCGGGGUCCUUGAGGUGGGGAAGGGGGUGCGACCUAGCUCUGACCACUCACCUGCCUCAGCGCGCUCUCGGUGGCACUAGAGGACACCUGCUCCUGGAGCCUGCCGCCAGGGGGCGCACACACAACGCCCAUAACCCGCACUGCCCCUCACGGUUGGUCCCUGCGGCCGCCAGGGGGUGGUGCGGACCCUCCCUCCGGAUCCCUGAAAGGUCCAGAUGCAGGGCGUUUAGCUAGAGAGCGUGGGCGAGUGGCUGGGCAGAGCUGGUGGAUUGGACACAAGACGUCCCCUGGCGGUUUGGAGGGAGGGGACUCAGUCCCCGGCCGCAAUGACCCAGCAGGCCUCUCCUUUUCCCGAAACAGCGAGGCUCUUUCUCUUUCAGAACACAGUCUGUGGGCUCUCUCCAGCACCCCUACCCCCACCCUAGUGGACAGUGACUAGAGUCUGAUUGGGCUGUUAAAAGACAGAUCAGAUCAGGACAUUGAGUUGCAGCCCCUCUUCCCCCGCUCUUGUCUUCAAACCUACUUGGUCCUCUCACCCUGUCCCGCUCCUACCACACCCCACUACUGUAACCGCCAUGGCGGGGAGCAAGACUGGAGACCUCCCCGGCUGGCCCAAGCCCCACAUCCUGGAUGACAUCGUGGCCACCCUUCCCACCUCUGGUCUGGGACUUCCUUUCCAUCACUCUCACUUCAGGCCAUACAGCCUGGGCACCACCCAAAACCCAGAAUGUCUCACAUUCGUGAGACAGUCUCCACAUCCUCUGUGUGCUCCUUGCUAAGGAACCACAACUUUGCUUUAGAACAGCGUGGCUCCUACAGGCUCAGGGCUGCUGGGUGGGCAGGGAUUCUUCUCAGCGUGCCUUUUCAGCACUCCUGGCAGGUCCUAUAGGUAGUUCUAGGGUGAGGCGUUCUAGGGUGAGACCUGGGGCACCUCAUCACCCCUAUUCCCCAGAUUCAGGACCUGCGUCUAUGAUUCUGGUAUAUUCAACACCAGAAAUCACCCGUGGGAAUUAAAAAUGCAGAUCCUCACCAUUUCUCCAUUUACAACCAAAUCAGUUUCAUGAUGUUUAAAACUUCUACUGAUGUCAAAUGGAGGAAAGGAUUGGAAAAAAUUUUUUUAUGAAGUAAUAAAAUUUAAAGCUGAGCUUUUUUUUUAUUUAAAAAAAAUACAGAUCUCGUACCUGCACCCUGAAUCCUCACUCUAGGAAUAAAGUCAGAAAUCUACUUUUUUUUUGGUACCGGAGAUCAAACUCAGGACCUUGUGCUUUCGAGGUAGGUGCAGUGCCACUGAGCUAAAUCCCUGGCCCCAGAUAUCUACAUUUUAACAAGCUUGGGUGGGAUGUGUGCCUGACAGGCAAAGGGAGCUGGCUGUCUCAUGGCAUUACUAUGUCCUCCCUCGAAGGCUCCAGUCUUCAUGUAUUCUCUACAGGGCCAGGCUCAUGAGCUUGGUUGAGAGGUGUCCAUUCCCCCUGAGUUGAGUCACUUGGAGGGCCACUUUGUGGUUUCCCUAUAGCCCCAGUGGUCCCAUAGUGCUUUGGGGAGCCGAAGCUGUGGACAACACUUCAAGAAACCAGGAGAAGUUGGCCCCACUUGUUCUUGACCCUCAGAUCAGCAUGAGAACAAGAGUCAGAUAUCCUCAACCAGUUUAUGACCUGAUGAAUCUAAGCCACUUGGGAGCCAUCUGGGGCUCCCUCAGAUUCCUUUCCAAGUAGGAGGAGAGGGAAAAUGCCCUACUCUGGAGGAGAAUAAAAACAGAGAGAAAGCCCUUCUUCAUUUCUUCUGAGCACUGAUGGUCCUGAGGUGAAAUUGGGUGGCAGUAAAUGAACAGGCAUGAAUUGCUCUGCUUUGCAGAAGUUGGAAUGAAUCCAGGGUUGUUCAGGGCAGGGGGUUUUGAAGUAGAAAGAGGAAGAGGGCACAGAGGGAGGAACCCAAAGGUUGAUUGAGAGGAAGCCCAGAGGAAAAGAUGAUCCUUGAGAAACCAAGAUGUUUUCAUGGCUACAUGUAAACUCCAGUCAUUACUACUUUAUUGACUACCACACAGACUGGUUAUUUUUAUUUUAAAAAUGGUACAGUAAAAACAUGAUACAAGCUCAUAGCCAAAAUUAAUUUUCUUUUUUGUGUGUGUGGUACUGGGGAUCGAACUCAGGACCCUGCACUUGCAAGGCAGUAGUGGCACCACUGAGUGAAAUCCCCGGCCCUAAAAUUGAAAUCUUUUCUUUCAAAGGACACUAUUAGGAACUUGAAAGACAACCCCCAGCAUGGGAGAUAUUUGAUUAUAUAUAUCUGAUAAGAAAGAACUCAUAACUUAAUAAUAAAAGGACAGCCAAAUUAAAAAUGGGUAAAAGAUCUGAGCAUACAUUCUUCUCAGAUAGAUGAAAGGCAUAUGAGAAGAUUCUGGAGCAUCAUUAGCAUGGAAGUACAAAUUAAAAAAUAAAAUAGGAACUGGGCUUGGUGGUGUACAUCUAUAAUCCAGAACUCUGGGAGGCUGAGGCAGGAGGAUCACAAGUUUGAGCCCAGCCUGAGCAACUUAGUAAGCUAGCAAGACCCUGUCUCAGAAAAAAAAAAAGAGCAAGGACUGGGGAUGUAACUCAGUGCUAUGGCUUUGGGCUCUAUCCCUGGUACUGGAAACAACUAUUUAAAUUCACUAGGAUUAAAGAGAUAGAUAAUAACAAGUGUUGAUAAGGAGGUAGAGAAACUGGAACCCUCACACUCUGCAGCUGGGAAUGUAAUGUGGUGCAGACAUUGUGGAAAAAGUUUGGCUAUUCCUCAAAAUCUGAAA